AACAACCUAAUAAUAAACAUUGUUGAUAAAUUAAGAAACUCCCUUUGUCUCCUUCUUGCAGGGGAUUUGGGCAGAUGGGGGUCCCAUCUCCCUGCUACAGUUGCCAUCAUCCUGUGUUCCCAAGCCGUAUCCUUCCACCUCGUCGGACCCAGGGGCCAAGAAGCAGACAUCGGCAUGCCUGCUUAGCUGAAGACUGCUUCAACCGAAUAGAGCCCCAUGUACCUGGAACCCACUGUGUGCAUCCUCAAAGCCUACGUAGGAAUAGGUUGGCCAAAGUGCUCUUCGCCAGCCAAGAACAUGACAGCACUGGCUCAACUGUGGCUACCUGCAUCAGUCAAGGAAGUCUACAGGUGGACAUCAAUCAGCUCAUCCUGGAAGAUCUGGAGGAAGCAGACGAAGAGGGAGAUGGCGGGAGCAGCAGUUAAACACUAGUUACCUAGAAUGAUCAUCUUGUGGGAGAUAAAUGGCAAAUUAUGAAUUUAUAGUGACCUGGGGAGCGGUUCUACCUGAUUUCAGAAUGUAUGCCAAUGGCAGUCCAUCCUCACAGAUCCCAUUGAACAUUCAUUGCUCAGCUGCUAUUUAGCUUUACCUUCCUUUCCUUUUUCUGAUGGUCAUAGUGGCAAGCUCACAUCUGCUAUUACAUGAAUAAUGAGGCUUUGAAAAUGUGCCCUAUCCUUCCAACCCACUCAAUGGGUGUCAAGUUGCCCUGUAAAUUUUUGCUGGCCUUGUGUACAAUAGGAUGUACAUUGGGUUGUUGUAGGUUUUUUCGGGCUAUAUGGCCAUGUUCUAGAGGCAUUCUCUCCUGAUGUUUUACCUGCAUCUGAUGUCAGGCACCACCCCCCUCCCCCCCCCUCAAAAUUAAGGGAUAAGGACUUAUAGUUCUGCAAAGGGCAAGGGCACCAGACUACACAACAAGGGUUAAGUCUUGGCCACAUUGCCAAGGCACUGACAACAACAAGGACCCCAUGAGGCUUUUUGGGAAAUGGCUGGAUCUUGGGACUUCUGCCCUUUUGUGAGAGUUGUAGUUCUCCAAGGGCUGAGCGAUGGAUUCUGUUAUUGAUUAACUCAGCGCCCAUCUGCUGGCUUCUGCCUGAAACCAUGACUCUCUGCUGCAUGGACUGGACUGUUUGCCACAACCCUGGCCAUGAACUUCCUAUCAAUGCAUGACUUGAACUGCUAGCAACCUCUGCUUCCACAUGCCCUUCCUAAGAGUAUGGGAUUUCCAGUUUGGGUUAUAAUAAAGAUCGAAUAUUGAAACAAACCUUAUGGGGUGGGAUGGGGUUCCCCUUAUGAACUAUGUAUAAAAGUGUAUCGUAUGAAAUGUAAUAUGCUCCCCUGCCUUUCCUAUUGACCUUUACCCCACAAAAAGGUGACCAGAAGUUGUUGCAAUGCUCGGGGGGAAACUCUCUGCUUCCCCCGAAGCUCUUCCCUGAUUGACUCAUUGCAUGAAACAAUAACUGUUGAUUCCCCCUUCCCGCCUUCUGAGCCUGUCUAGUGGGAAGAGGAAGUCAACAGAAACCUGGAAAAAAGAAUUGAUUAAAUUCACAAAGGCAGCGUU